UUGCAGCUCAUUCGCACAUUUCAGCUCUGUGGUGUCGUCUGUGUUGGCAUAGGUACAUGGCUCGUUUUGGAUAAAUACGCCAUCGAUAACUUGGCUCUAGCCACGGCACAAAUACAGGGGUAUGAACAGGAGGAGGCUCUGCGUGAUCUGGCCACAAAGCCGACGGCAGUUCGGCAAAUUGGCUACCUCUUGCUGUUUGGCGGACUGCUCGUGAUAACUGUCGCUUUUCUGGGCUGCUGUGGAGCUGCAAAGGAAUGGCGGCCUCUUCUCUGUUGUGUAAGUGGUUAA